GCCUUGCAUACGCGCAUACGCGCAUAAGUUGCUUUGUCACAUCAAAAAAGGCCGCAUCGCUGCGAAUUUUGCCGUCUCAACCAGCGCAGCCACAAUUCACGCACAAAUGCGCCGCGUACUCACAUGCUGCAUGCUGCUGCCAGCCUGCGCGCUCGUCGCGCCGCGGCCGAGGCGCUGCUCAGCUGUGACCUGCGCCGCAAAAAGCAAGAAAAAAACCAAGGCCGCGCCUUUCAAGCCGCCGCCACUAGAGCUGUCGCGGCCGAUCGACGUCUUCUCGCGGCGCGACUCGCACGCCGUCAGCGCCGAGGCGGGCGAGCGCGCGGCGAUCGCGCUGCGCAUCGGCGUCGAGGAGCUGCGGUCGCUGGAGGCGUCCGUGGCCGUCGAGCGGAGCGGCCGCGGCGGCGACGUCACGCUGCGGGGCGAGCUCUCGGCGACCGUCGCGCAGAAGAGCGUCACGGCGGCGACGGGCGACCUGGUCGUGUCCGACGUGACGGCGCCGAUCGACUUCUGGGUCGUCGUCUCGGACGGCGAGAGCGACAUCGACGACGACGACCGGGACGUCGUCGAGACGACCGACGGCAUGGUCGAUCUUGGGGAAAUUGUCGUGCAGACGCUGUCGCUCGAGGUCGACCCCUACCCCGGCACGGGGACGGCGAGCGGGGAGCCCGUCGCCUCGUACGGCGACUUGGACGACGCGCAGCCCAUCAUCGUGGACGACUCGCUGCUCGGGGGGGACCUGGACCUAAGUUGAUGUUCCGAAC